UUGGUCACUCCGAACAACAAACAUAAGUGAGUGACAAGUAACAAACCUCAAACUAAUCAAAGCCUCACACUCUCAUUUGUUGUUGUUCCAUUCCAAUGGAGAGCUUUGCACUUCACUCACUCUCUUCAACCUCAUUCUUACUCCAUCAUCAUCAUCGACCCAUUUUCAGAUCUCAAAUUUCUCUUCCAUUGAAUCCAUCUUCACGUUCAAACCCAUCAAUUAAAUCAUCAUCAAUCUCACAAUCUUUCUCUUUUCCCUCCAAAGUUUCAAUCUUUAACCCUUCUUUCUCAAAACCCAAUUUCCCAAUUCAUGCUAAUUCAACUCCACCACCAUCAAAAUUAGAACCCCAACAACCCAAUAUUCUUCAAGGUGCAAAGCCAAUUCCUUUUGUUAUUUCAAUAGCCAUAGGUCUCAUUGUUCGUUUCUUUGUUCCUAAACCAAUUGAUGUUACUCCUCAAGCAUGGCAAUUGCUUUCAAUUUUCCUUUCAACAAUUGCAGGCCUUGUUCUAAGCCCUUUGCCUGUUGGUGCUUGGGCUUUUCUGGGCCUAACAACAUCUGUGGUCACAAAAACUUUAACCUUUACUGAUGCAUUUAGUGCUUUUACAAAUGAAGUAAUUUGGUUGAUUGUUAUAUCGUUUUUCUUUGCGCGCGGUUUUGUUAAAACCGGUUUAGGUGAUAGAAUUGCUACUUAUUUUGUGAAAUGGUUGGGAAAGAGUACUUUGGGACUUGCUUAUGGUUUGACAUUUAGUGAGGUUCUUAUUGCACCUGCUAUGCCUAGUACUACUGCAAGAGCUGGUGGUGUUUUCUUGCCAAUUAUUAAGUCACUUGCACUCUCUGCUGGUAGUGAACCUAAUAGUCCUACCUCUAAGAGGUUGGGGACUUUUCUUAUUCAGAACCAAUUUCAGUCUGCCGGUAACUCAAGUGCUCUUUUCCUAACCGCUGCUGCUCAAAAUCUGCUCUGUAUUAAAUUAGCACAGGAGCUUGGGGUGGUAAUUUCAAACCCUUGGGUUACAUGGUUUAAGGCAGCUAGUGUACCUGCAUUUGUUUGUCUUCUCGCUACACCGUUGAUUUUAUACAAGAUCUGUCCCCCUGAAAUUAAAGACACACCAGAGGCACCUGCCUUGGCUGCAAAGAAACUGGAAAGUAUGGGCCCUGUCACUCAAAAUGAAUGGGUUAUGGUUUCUACAAUGCUUCUUGCAGUCUCUUUGUGGAUCUUUGGAGAGACUCUUGGCAUAGCAAGUGCUGUAGCUGCAAUGAUUGGUUUAUCAAUACUCCUUGUAUUAGGAGUCCUUAACUGGGAAGACUGCUUGAAUGAAAAAUCGGCGUGGGAUACCUUGGCCUGGUUUGCCAUUCUAGUAGGUAUGGCAAGUCAGUUGACAAACCUCGGCAUUGUGACCUGGAUGUCUGACUGUGUGGCCAACAACCUUCGGUCGUUCUCCUUGAGCUGGCCAGCUUCCCUGGCUGUUCUUCAGGCUGCUUAUUUCUUCAUCCACUACCUUUUUGCAAGCCAGACAGGGCAUGUUGGGGCUUUAUACUCCGCAUUUCUUGCCAUGCAUAGAGCAGCCGGUGUUCCUGGUGCUCUCGCAGCGCUUGCUUUAGGAUAUAAUACAAAUCUUUUCGGUGCAAUUACACAUUAUAGCAGUGGUCAAGCUGCUGUAUACUAUGGAGCUGGCUAUGUAGACCUUCCCGAUAUAUUCAAAACGGGGUUCAUUAUGGCAUUUAUUAAUGCUAUCAUCUGGGGAGGUGUUGGCUCUGUCUGGUGGAAAUUUUUGGGCUUGUAUUGAUACUUUCCAUUUCCUUGUAAGUAAAUAGCAGUUCUAUAAGCUUCUUUAUUACCGGCCCAAAGAUAAGGUUCCUCUCAUUUGAGGACGGACAGUUGAGUUCAUCAUUUUAACAUGAAGGUUUUUCUGCUUUUGGCUCACUUAUUUGUUAGUUUAAAUAAUUUUAGUUAACCUUGCCUUACUUUAUAUACAUUCACUGAUAUACUUACAUUGAUUUCAAUGUGGGAGCAUAAUGGCAAGUGCUAAAGUACAAUAAUUUAUACCUGGUUUCACCA